CAGACGCGUGUCAUCCGGUGUCGUGAAAGUACACCCAGGUGAAAAACAGUUAAACUGCGCGUCAAGUCUAGUUAUCAGACACCGAUUAUCAGAGAUCAGACAUGGGCAAAGGCAGCGGUACAUUUGAGAGACUGUUGGAUAAAGCCACCAGUCAGCUGCUGCUGGAGACCGACUGGGAAUCCAUUUUACAAAUAUGUGACCUCAUUCGCCAGGGCGAUACACAGGCAAAAUAUGCGAUUGGUGCCAUCAAGAAGAAAAUCAAUGACAAAAACCCACAUGUAGCGCUCUAUGGUCUUGAGGUUCUGGAGUCAGUGGUGAAGAACUGUGGUCAGACGGUUCAUGAUGAAGUGGCCUGUAAGCAGACAAUGGAGGAGCUGAAAGAGCUGUUUAAGAAGCAGCCUGAGCCGAACAUGAAGAACAAGAUCCUUUAUCUGAUCCAGGCCUGGGCCCACGCUUUCCGCAACGAGCCCAAAUACAAAGUCGUCCAGGACACAUAUCAGAUCAUGAAGGUGGAAGGUCAUGUGUUCCCAGAGUUCAAGGAGAGUGAUGCCAUGUUUUCAGCAGAGAGGGCCCCUGAAUGGGUGGAUGCAGAGGAAUGUCACAGAUGUAGGGUUCAGUUUGGAGUCGUGACCCGAAAGCAUCAUUGCAGGGCAUGUGGUCAGAUCUUCUGUGGGAAAUGUUCCUCUAAGUACUCUACAAUUCCCAAAUUUGGCAUUGAGAAGGAGGUGCGUGUGUGUGAGCCUUGCUUCGAACAGCUCAACAACCACCCCUCCCUUUCUCCCCCUCCUAGGAAAGCCGAAGGAAAGACGGGCAGCUCUGGGCAGUCCGAUCUCCCCCCUGAGUACCUGACCAGUCCUCUGUCCCAGCAGUCUCAGGUAGUGCCCACCGAAUCAAUGCCUCCUAAGAGAGACGAGGCUGUGCUGCAGGAGGAAGAGGAGCUGCAGUUGGCCAUCGCGCUGUCUCAGAGUGAGGCUGAGGAGAAGGAGAGGAUGAGACAGAAGAACCCGUACUCUGCCUACCCCAAAGCUGAUCCCACCCCUGUGACAUCAUCUGCCCCUCCCGUGAGCACUCUGUACUCCUCACCUGUGAACUCAUCAGCUCCGUCUGCUGAAGAUGUGGAUCCAGAGUUGGCCCGUUACCUAAACAGAACUUACUGGGAGAAGAAACAGGAAGAGGUUCGAAAAAGUCCCACCCCGUCCGCUCCUGCUCCCGUUUCAUUACCUGAACCUGUCCCGGUUAGCCAACCGGUGGAGAGCCACGUCCCAGUCCAGCCCAUCAACAUAGUGGAGCAGCAAUAUCAGAACGGCGAAUCGGAGGAGAACCAUGAACAGUUCCUAAAAGCCCUGCAGAAUGCCGUCACCACCUUCCUUAACCGUAUGAAGAGUAACCACAUGCGCGGCCGCAGCAUCACCAACGACAGCGCCGUGCUCUCUCUCUUCCAGUCUAUAAACAACAUGCACCCGCAGCUGCUGGAGAUUCUCAAUCAGCUGGAUGAGAAGAGAUUGUACUAUGAGGGUCUUCAGGACAAGCUGGCGCAGGUUAGAGACGCUCGCGCAGCUCUAAACGCACUGAGAGACGAGCACAGGGAGAAACUGAGACGGGCCGCGGAGGAGGCCGAGAGGCAGAGACACAUCCAACUCGUCCAAAAACUAGAGAUCAUGAGGCAGAAGAAACAGGAGUACCUGGAGAUGCAGAGGCAGCAGGCCAUUCAGCGGCUGCAGGAGCAGGAGAAGGAGCGACAGAUGCGCCUGGAGCAGCAGAAACACACCAUACAGAUGAGAGCACAGAUGCCUGCUUUCUCUAUGCCUUAUGCCCAGAUGCAGUCACUGCCUCCUAAUGUAGCAGGAGGGGUGGUGUAUCCCCCAGCUGGUCCUCCCAGCUAUCCAGGCACGUUCAGCCCCGCUGGCUCAGUGGAAGGAUCGCCCAUGCACGGAGUCUAUAUGAACCAGCCUGGACAAACACCUGGAGGUGGCCCAUAUCAGGCCAUGCCUGUGUCAGCUACAGAUCCUAACAUGGUGAACGCCUACAUGUACCAGACUGCAGGCACCGGCGGGCAGCCCGCAGCUCCUGGACAAGGCCCACCCACGAACAACCCUGCCUAUACUAACUACCAACCCACACAAGGUUACCAGGCUCCACCCACUAACGGCAUUGCGUAUAUGGGCUACCAGCCGUACAACAUGCAGAAUAUGAUGAGCGCUCUUCCAGGACAAGACCCCAACAUGCCUCCUCAACAGGCCUACAUGCCUGGACAGCAGCCUAUGUAUCAGCAGAUGGCUCCCCCUGGUGGCCCUCAGCAGCAGUCACAACAGCAGGCACCACAGGCUCCUCCAGGCAGCGCCGAGGCUCAGCUCAUCUCAUUUGACUGAUAGCUGAUCAUACGCCUUGGCCCACCAAAUCCUGCACACUACAUUCAAGCCUCUUUCGUCCUGCAGCCCCCAUGGGCUUAUUUACCUGUAUCCUCUCUACCUGCUCUCGCUAUCACAACUUCCACAAAUAUUGAAAGCGUAGAAAUGUUGUAUAAGCAUUUGCUUGUAUAAGUUCCCAUUACUGCCUCUAUACAUGAAGGAGAUACUACAGAUGGUGCUGGUGGGAAAUCUUUGUCUUUCUGUUGUGUGAAUCUCGCAAGGCCUGAUCAUGUCUGAGCCAUUUCAACGCCGCACCAGAGUGAAGAAAUAGGACAUUUUUUUCAUCAGGAUAAUGAAGCUUAUUUUAGGAUCAUUAUGAUUUGACAUUUUCACCCACAUUCUCAUUGCUUUAAAAAUACACGUGCAAUUGAAUAAUAUUAAUAAUCGUAUGUACUGUUGCUAGGCUGAGCAAAUAUUGUGGAUAAACUGCUGCAAUGCAAAAAAAUGUAAUGAUUCUUAAAAUGGGCCGCAUUUGUAUUCAUAUCUUUUCAUGAGGUUCACCUAAUGCUAACUUCUUUUCUCUGUUGAUUUUCACAGACGUAGUUUAUCCUUUGUAAAGCAAAGCUGAUGCGAAGUUAGUCACUUAAAGUACAAUUAACGUGAUAUAAAUAAGAAAGACAUAACCAUCCUUUGUCUCAUAUUUUUCUAUGCGAUGUUUGCAUGUGUCAACUUUCCAGAGGUGUGAGUGAAUAAAUAACAUCAAAUAUUGUGUGCUGAUCUGAUAAGGCUGUUUUUCCUUCAGUUUAAGAGACUUGCUUGCCGCAGCAAAGAGAACAUGAGUAACAGAGUACCAAUUCAACAUCAGUACAUUUCUAAAAUGUAACAUUCCAGUUUUGGUUUCCAAAUGACACCGCUUUUGUGUGCAAAUCUAGAAAUAUUUCAUAAAAAUUUAAGUUGCAUUAGGAUCAGUGUUGUUGAGUCUUGGCUAUUGAUUUUUCAAAAGAUAAACACAUUGCCUUACAACCAUUAAGACACCAACUUCACUGCCUAAUUUAGCCAGCAAUUCAUUAAAAAGUAAAUAUGCUGAUGUUUCAAAGUGCUGCAUGUGUGUUUGCCAGUCUCUUUAGAGUCUAGACGUCACAGCCACAUCUGUCUGUCUUCUCUCUGUGGUUCUUUACCAGGGGUCCAACAAGAGUAAAUCAUAAACAGAUUUCAAUUAGUAAUCAGUACAAAGGAAAGCGUGAUGUUAGGCAGUGAUUGUUAAAACUGUCGACUGUGGAUGGUUAUAAAAAAUAGCUUUUGGUUGAAAGUAAAUGCUGCAUGUUUGUAACAUCAUCUGGUGACUUCUGUAACCCCUUUAAUAUAUUUGUUCCAUACUGAUUCACCUGACAAAUUUUAAGAUAAUGAAUAAAUAAAUUGUUCUUUUACUGGUCA